GUGGGGAAUUAUAAUGAUCCACUGACUUACAUUCCGAUAACUGAUCUGCAAAACUUGGGAUUUACAAACAAAUCCAUGUUCUUUAAGAUAGCCGUGCAAGGAAACUACGAUGGAAUCCUACGGUUCGGUGAUUCCUUGUAUCCGUACAACAAGGAGGUGAUAGAGAUUGUAUUUGGAGGUUGGACUAACACGAAGAGCGCUGGAAGACGACAGCAUCGAUCUACAUCAAACCAGGCUACGAAUACCGUGCUUGCCGAGGUACAGACUCCUAUGCUAUUGUCCGCCGACCGACCAACUGUGCUUGUGGUGGAGCUGUUCCACGAUGGUACGAUUCAGGUUAGGAUCGAUGGACAGGAUCACCCUUUUCUGUUAUUCAACGAUACAAAGAUGAUUCCUUUCUACUACAUAGCCUUUACUAAGUGGAAAACCGAUGUGUUAUACUUCUACGAUUGUCCAGUAGAUAAGUACGCUAAGAUUUGUUACGAAGAUGGUAAAAUGUACGUAAAUUGAGAUGAAUUUAAAACUACGAAUUUAAAAUUGAGAGAAGAUGAAUAGAUAAAAAGAGAGUGAUAUUUAUGUAA